UUGUGUGAUACAGCUGCAAAUAAGUAUUUUAACGCCUGUCUAACAGGUACAAUUCUGACCCUCAAAGCCCUGUUAGUCCGCCUUUAAAAGUCAACCUCCACUCUAUGUAUUUUCCUGAAUCAGAUGCACCUGUCUGAGGUCGUAAGCUGCCUGAAGACACCUGGCCACCUAUUACAAUCUGUAAGUGUCAUGAUCCUGCCACUCCAGCCCGGGCUGUGUGGGUGCCCACGCGGUUGCGCUGAUUGGGAGGCGCACACCUGCGCCUCAUGCGGGCUGAUUAUCCUGUGUAUUUAUUUGACCCCGAUGACGACUGUUCCACCCCAGGUCGUUGAGCUUCAUGCCCCGUUCGAGUACUUCCGUAUCCCUGAUCGUCAACCCGUGUGUACCGACCACCGCCUGUUCUCCGACCGACCCCGUAAGCCUGAUUCCUUUGACACUUCUGCCUGCUUUGAUCGUUCUCCCGUGUACCGACUCCUGCCUGCCCGGUCACCUGCUCUCUUCGCCCGACGUCCCAACUACCGCUGCUGCACCUGACUGCCUGCCCGAUCCCUGACCAUGGAAUAAUAAACGUUUCUCCCCGAACUACCUUGCAUUGUCCGAGUCCUGCAUUUGGGUCCUAGUCCCGUUCCGAUGGGUCGUGACAGAACGAUCUGGGCAAAACAGGACCCAGCAGGAAAGACCCGGCGUCGCCGGGGCCGACGCAAGGUAGACCGUCUGCCGGAGGACCAAACCUGUCCGAUCCGGGUAGGCUCCUUGACGUCCUCCGCUUCCGUGUCUUACGCUCCGCCAGCGAGCUACGAAUACAUUCCGACAUCGACCCGUCUGGCUCCGCAUAUUCUUCUGGACUCUGACUUUUUGGAAUAUGAGGAGGACCGUGAUUUGUAUGACCAGCUGCCUGACACCGGAGCGUCUUCGCCCGGUCGGUUUGUGGGAACCCGCUUGGUCAUCUACCUGGGACCUCCGUGUGGCGGACAGAGGAGACACCCCGGCCGGGCGCUCCCUUGUGCCUCCCGCUGCGCGGCGACUAAGACACCGUCCUCCCACUCCUCGCCGGCAACGGCGAAACCGGCAGACCCGCAGCUGGUGGCGAAGCUUCCAGCCCAGAUGGAGGAGGAGCUGCCAAAUCACGAGGUGUUCUGCUGCGAAAUGCGGGUGCAGAUAGAGCGGCAGAGCGCCAAAAUGGCGGCUCUCACGGCCCAGGUCCGGCAAGGACUGGCGAACCAGCCGAGCUACGCUGACCAGAUCGUUGAGGUUCAUGCCCCGUUCGAGUACUUCCGUAUCCCUGAUCAUCAAUCUGUGUGUACCGACCUCCGCCUGUUCUCCAACCGACCCCGUAAGCCUGAUUCCUUUGACACUUCUGCCUGCUUUGAUCGUUCUCCCGUGUACCGACUCCUGCCUGCCCGCUCACCUGCUCUCUUCACCCGACGUCCCAACAAACACUGUUGCACCUGACUGCCUGCCCGAUCCCCGACCACGGAAUAAUAAACCUUUCUCCCCAAAUACCUUGCAUCGUCCGAGUCCUGCAUUUGGGUCCUACUCCCGUUCCGAUGGGUCGUGACAGUAAGACUCAAACUUGUAACAUGGCCAAGACCAAAGAGCUGUCCAAAAACACCAGAGACAAAAAACUCCACACAGCCGGAAA